AUGAUCACGACAACUUCUCGGGUUCAGGUGCCUCCAGUCAAGACUAGGCUCACUGCGGUGGCCGACGUCAAGCCGCUUCCUGACGUUAAGACCCUGAAAGAUGCGAUCCCAGCGAAAUGCUUCGAACGCUCCAUGAUUCGCUCUUUCUCCUACGUUGUCCGCGAUUCCAUCAUCGUGAGCUCGCUCUUUUACUCUGCCGUCUGGCUUUCCGGACUCGAUGCGCCUUUGUUCGUCACUGUUCCGCUAUGGGCCCUCUACAGCUUCGUUCAAGGCUGUUUCUUCACUGGUCUCUGGAUUCUUGCGCACGACUGCGGCCAUGACUCUUUUUCUGCAAACCUCACCGUCAACGCGAUAACUGGCUGGUUCUUGCACAGCAUGUUGAUGGUCCCCUUCUUCAGCUGGAAGUUUAGCCACGCACGUCACCACCGCUACCACAACCACAUGGAGAAGGACACCGUUUUUGUGCCGCACCGCAAGUCCGAAGUCGAGGGCAGGAAGACUGAGCCGACCAUAUUGGAAAAGAUUAUGGAUCACGCAGCUGCGGACACACCGGUUGUCACCUUUGCUGCGCUGCUCUUCCACCAGUUUUUUGGCUGGCCAGCGUACAUCUUCAUGAACGCUGGUGCGGGCAUGAAGAGUUUGACCCAGAGUGAUCGCUUCACUUCAUCUUCCUACAAGCAGAGUCAUCUUAAUCCCACGGCCCACGUCUUCACUCCUUCUGAGGCACCGUUCGUCGCGCUGAGCAACCUUGGACUUGCCAUUACUAUGGGUGCGCUGUACCUGGCCUCGAAGAGCGUUGGAGGCUGGACUGUUCUGCUGGCAUACGGUCUGCCUUACUUGUGGAUGAACCACUGGAUCGUUGCUAUUACAUACCUUCACCACACACAUCCGGAGGCGCCGCAUUACGAAGCCGAGGAUUGGACUUUCAUCAAGGGCGCUGCUUCGACUGUCGACCGCGAAUUCGGCUUCAUCGGUCGUCACAUCUUCCACGGCAUCAUCGAGUACCACGUCGUGCACCACAUGUUCCCGCGCAUCCCCUUUUACCACGCCGAGGAGGCAACAUUGGCCAUUGCACCUCUACUCGGUGAACGUUACAUUCAGCAGAAGAGCAACUUCUUUACCGAUCUGUGGGAGAGCUUCACGACCUGCAAGUACGUUGAGCAGGGUACUGGUGCCCACGCUGGAGGAUUGGUUUGGUCAAAGAACAAGGCGUGA